AUGACAGUUUUAAGAAUGACAAGCUCACCAAUGACGUCUCCGUCAACGAGUCCGAGCUCACCUGAGCAUGCUCAGGCACUUGAACAGGCAUCAUCUAGGUCAUCCUCAUCGUCGACACGACAACCAUUGAGUUUUUCGGUAGCAGCCCUUCUCGCUGAUACUAAAAAAACAAACAACAGACAACUACAAUUAGUAUUUGAUGAAAAGGAAAAAGAUAAAAAAGAUAAAAAAGAAGGUACUUGUUCUUCCUCAUCAUUAUCAUGUCCUCUAGUUGUGUCAUCUAAAAAAUUAUCUGUUGUCUAUCAUCCGUCACCAAGUUCAUCACCAAUAUCAUCAUCAUCAUCAUCCAUGGUGUCAUACUCCAGUCCCACAAGUCAAUUUCAUCGACAGCCAUUGUUUCCCCGAAUAUCACUAUUAUCCUCAAAUAAUCACAAAUCAUUCACUACGACAGUUAAUUCAUAUUACAAUAAUAAUAAUAAUAAUAAUAAUCGUAAUACACAUUCACCAACAGACGAAAUAGACGGACAAGACGGAGUUAUUAGUGACAGUAGCUGUAAUAUGUUUAUGGUUGGUUCUCAGUCACCGAUAAGCUCAUCUCACGAGGAACGACAAUCGAGAUGUUCUGAAUUGGAUAUGGAGGAGGAUGAUGAUGAUGAUGAUGAAGGGUGUUUGGUAGACGUUGAAGAUUUGGAGCAGCAAAAAUCUAAAAGCCCAACACCGGUAAGACCGAUGCCGGCUUACGUUACCGGGUUUUCGACACUCGGAUCAAUACUCGGAUUACCAGCUAGUCUUCAUCCAUCUGUUUGGGGUACUACCGGACAAACUAGUCAUCACAGAUCUGUUGCUGCGACAGUUGCUGCUGCUGCUGCUGCUGCUGCUGCCAGCUAUUUUCCAUCACAUUUUUCUCAUCAUGCACCUCUCAAUGAGCAUGGAGAACCCGCCAAAAUAAAGUGUAAUCUUAGAAAGCACAAACCUAACCGUAAACCACGGACACCGUUUACGACCCAACAAUUGCUUGCUUUGGAAAAAAAAUUUCGGGAAAGGCAGUACCUCAGUGUUGCUGAAAGGGCUGAAUUUUCAUCCUCUCUCCACCUAACUGAAACUCAGGUAAAAAUUUGGUUUCAAAAUCGACGGGCCAAGGCAAAGCGAUUACAAGAGGCUGAAAUAGAAAAAUUGCGCAUGUCAGCAGUAAGACAACAUCAUAAUUCUCUGUACGGUGGACAUCACGGACUUCUUGGCCCAGCAGCAGCACUAUAUCCCGUCGGCAUGUUGUCUCAUCCUGCUGUUGGUAUUUCACCUCACCAUACUGUUUCGCCCCAUUCGGCCAGAGAAUAA